AUGAAUAUAUUCAUUAAAAUUAUUAAUUAAAUAGAGAGCAAAUAAAGAAAAAAAGUUAAUAAGAAAUCAAUUAUUAAAUUAAUUAAUUUUCUAAAUAAGUUUAAAUAGUUAAAUAUUAAAAAAGAAAUAUUCAAAAUGGAAAAAUAUAAUAUAAUUAGCGAGAUUGGAAGAGGUGCUUUCGGUAUCGUUAAGAAAGCUUAAAAUAAGGAAACGAAGGAAAUUGUGGCUAUUAAGUAAAUGUUGUAGGAGUAUGAGACAUGGGACGAGUGCAUUAAUUUAAGGGAAUUGAAAUCACUUAGGAAAUUGACACACGUGAAUAUCAUAAAACUCAAAGAAGUGUUUCGCGUCAAGAAACAGCUUUCGUUUGUUUUUGAAUAUGUUGAAAAGAAUAUAUAUAAACUAUAUGAAAAUGCAAAGCAAGAUGGAGCAACAUCCCUGCCAGAAAACACAAUAAAAAGCAUAGUUUAUUAAAUUGCCUCUGCACUUUCAUAUAUGCAUAAACAUGGUUUUUUCCACCGUGAUUUGAAGCCAGAAAAUCUCCUGAUCUCAAGCGAUGGGAUUGUAAAGUUGAUUGACUUCGGAUUAGCUCGUGAAGUGCGUUCUCGUCCUCCAUACACUGAUUAUGUUUCUACUAGAUGGUAUAGAGCACCCGAAAUAUUACUACGCUCUACUCAUUAUAAUAGUCCAGUCGACAUUUUCGCUUUAGGUUGCAUCAUGGCAGAGUUAUAUUUAAUGAAGCCGCUUUUCAACGGUUCUUCUGAAAUAGAUCAGAUAUAAAAAAUAACUUCAGUUUUAGGCACUCCCCAAAAAUAGGAUUGGCCUGAUGGGUUUAUUUUAGCCUCAACAAAGUAUUAUACUUUCCCUUAGUACCCAGCGAUUCCUUUAUCACAAGUUAUUCCAAAUUGUCCUCCUGAUGCACUUAAUUUAAUCUCAGAAAUGCUUAAAUGGGAUCCAUAAAAAAGAAUAACUGCUGCCAAGAUACUUUAGCAUCCAUAUUUUAGCAAUGUAGAAUUACCAGAAGAAUUAACAGCUGAAAGCAAUAGCAAUUAAAUGAUACAAUCCUCUAAUUAGCCAGCAACUUUAUUAGGGGGUGCCAGUUCAAACAAUGCAGAGUCAGUUUGGAAUCAGAGUGGCAACAAUAAUGCAAAUCUAAACCAAUUUUAAGGAAAUGUAAAUGCAAGUUAAAAUGUUCCUGCAAAUUCUCGUUUGGGUGGUCAUUCUAAUACAGCAAAUUAAAACUCAAGCUAGUUUGGAUUGAGCAGUAUUAAUAGCACAAGUAGCUACCAUCUAGGCAAUUACAACAAUCAUUAGCGUUAACUUUCACCUCAAACAAAUUAUGAUAACAAUUCUUUGAAUACAAUUAAACAUGGACAUGGUCAUUUCCAUUACUAAAGUAGCAGUCCUGAUAACAGAUAUACUUAAUCAAAUAAUCAAAGAUCUUAGACAGACUUAAUUGGUCUUAAAAACAAUUUUGAACUAAAUUAAUAAUUAUAGAGAUAAUAGUAAUUCAGUAAUCAAAACUAAAAUUAGAUCUCAAAGAAAUAAUUUGAUCCAAUUUAUGAGUUCUUAAAUAAUGAUGUUAGAACAAUAAACAAUCCAAACACAGGAUCUAUAUCAACAACAAAUAAUGUCAACAGCAUUGCAAGCAAUAAUAAUAACAACAACAAUAAUAAUUUAGGAGGAUAAAUUAUUAAUCCAUUAGAAAAAGGGUCUCGCUUUAGUGUGCCAUAAGGAAUAAGUUCAAAAAAUAUGAUAGAUGAUGAAAUCGAAGAUAUGGAAUAAGAAAUAUUAGGUACAUACUUACCAACAGGAGGCAAUGUUUCAAGAGUUCGUAACAGCAAUAAUAACAAUACCCUUUCUUAAAACAAUAAUGGUAGCACUCUUUUUGGAAAUAACUAGGAAAACCAAGCAAGUAUGUUCUCUAACCCAAGAGGAGGAAAUAGGGAUAGAAAUGUUAAAGAUAAUACUCUUAGUAAUUAGGAUUCAAAUACAUUAGGAUAUGUUCCAUCGGCUAUUGCCAGAAAUCAGCCUUCAAAUCUAGAUAUUUAUAGGUUUGACCCUAAACCUCAAGCAAAUACAUAUAAUCCCAGUUUUGCUGCAAAUAAUAAUAUGAACAAUGGCAGUAAAAUAAAUAAUGAUAUAUAUAAUUUUGACAAUGUAAUUACAAAUAACAGAAAAAUUCAAUUACCUCAAUGA